CGCCACGACGUCAUCAUGAAGGGGCGGGAGCAGGGCGUCGAGUGGGUAACCAAACAGCAGCAGGGGAGAAAGCCACCGGCGGAUGCGCAUCGUUCAGCAUGCGGUGACUGAGGCGGAGGCCUGAAGGCGCUGUGGGUCCAUUGGUGGCAGCAGGAGCAGGAAUCCAGCUUAGAUGAAGGAUGAAGAGCCCGGUGCACAGAUGUAGGGAUGUGGAGCAUAGCCGUGGACAGCCUGGGGCCGGGGGAGGAACCAGCUGCCUACAGGAGGAACAACGCAUCCCCAUCUCCAAAGACGUCAUCACUUCCUCCUCUGCCUCGGCCAUGUGGUUCAUCAGGGAUGCCUGCGGCAUUGUGUGUGCCAUCAUCACCUGGCUGCUGGUCUUGUACGCUGAGUUUGUGGUGUUGUUUGUGAUGCUGCUGCCCUCCAAGAACCUGAUGUACAGUAUUGUGAACGGGACUCUGUUCAACACUCUGGCCUUCCUUGCCCUCGCCUCUCACCUCAGGGCCAUGUGCACUGACCCUGGGGCCGUGCCAAAAGGAAACGCCACUAAGGAAUACAUAGAAAGCCUUCAACUGAAACCAGGACAGGUGGUCUACAAAUGUCCCAAGUGCUGCAGCAUCAAGCCUGACCGAGCACACCACUGCAGUGUUUGCAAACGCUGCAUACGGAAGAUGGACCACCACUGUCCCUGGGUCAACAACUGUGUUGGAGAGAACAACCAAAAGUACUUUGUGCUUUUCACAAUGUACAUUGCACUCAUUUCCCUCCACGCUUUGGUCAUGGUGGUCUUCCAUUUCCUCUACUGCUUUGAAGAUGAUUGGACGAAGUGCAGUACCUUCUCUCCUCCAGCAACAGUUAUCCUCCUCAUACUCCUGUGCUUUGAGGGCCUCCUCUUCCUCAUCUUCACCUCUGUGAUGUUCGGCACCCAAGUCCACUCCAUCUGUACCGACGAGACCGGGAUCGAGCGGCUGAAGGGGGAGACAGGGAAGUGGAGGAAAGUGCCGUGUUGGGAGGCCAUGCAGAUUGCAUUCGGAGGCCCCUUCUCGCUGUCCUGGUGCAGCCCUUUUUCAGGCUUGAGCUGCAAGAAGAGCCCCGAGGACCACGUUGCCAUCCCCCAGGGAGAGAUCAUCGAGGAGGAUGUCAUAGAGAUACCACUCAACUAGCGCCACCUGCUGGGGAAAGCAUUAAUUGCAGACUGGCAGGGUUUCUUGACAAGCACAAAGAUAUUUUUGAAACUGGACUUUCAAAAUUUUGAAAAACUGCCGAGAAUUUAUUUUUAAUUAUUUAUGCAUUUUUUAUGUACAGGACUUUUUUCUGGAUAUAUUACCUUUUACAGUUUCUGUUCCUACCUUCAGUGUAGCCAUUUGAUAGGUGUGCAGAGCACCCAUUAUCAAACUUUAGUAUCUUAGCUUAAUACUUGCACACAUAAGUGAAGUGAAGUGAAUGUGCAUUUUAAGGAUCUCAUAUUUCUCUACUGCAUCUGCCAAACCUGCAGCAUUUUCCUGAAUUUGUCUCUAGUGAAGGAAAAUGCUGUGAGGACUCAAAGCUCAGUCAGCUCAGUGUUUGGAGGAGAGAAUACUGUAAAGUGCCUCCCUGAGCUGCCUCAGGACACCACUAACAGCAGCUCUGCUCCAGCACUGUAGCACAAACGGUUCCUUUCAACCUUCUUGCCUUUCCCCCAGAUUUUUAAACAGCCAGUUUCACAGAUGACGGUUAAGCCUAGAAAUGCAAACUCUCCAUUUGAAAAAGGUUUUUAGUCUAAGAUUAGGCUUGACCCAUGUCGGAGAAACUAGUUCGAGCUCACCUCGUGCCUUAUCUGUCUUUACUGAGCAAAUGUUUGGAACACUAUAUUGUUUUAUUACUCGUCUUGAUUCCAGACUGUCUCAAGUUGCCAUUUUCAUAUUUCUCGCUCCAUUGCACAUGUGGGAAAAGGGCACUAGAUGACUUCAUAUAGAGGAUUUUUAUUGUGUGUGUAUGUAAGCUGGAGGAUAAGGGCUUCUAACUGCUAAAUGGCUGCUGGACAUUAUGGGAUCACUCAUGUUUAAUCAUGUUUACAUUGCUUUAAUAAUCUACUCAUUGUGUGGGUUUCUUCCUUAUGUGAAUGGUCAUUCUUUUUUUGUUCGUUUUUUUUUUUUUUUUUUUUUUUUUUUUUUUUAAAUCUAGUGACAGAUUAUUUGUUUGUUUUUAGCAAAUAUAUCUGCAGUGUUUGAAUUGUAUACCAAAAGCUACUGACAGUCCAGUUCAAAGCAUAAUAGGAACAUAUUUUCAUACUGCCUUAUUGUCUCAUCUAAUCGACUGCAAGAAAGCAAAAAAAACAAACAUAUUUAUCAACAUGUCAGAGGACUCCUUACAUUGUGGUAUAUCUCACCUCCUGUUGUGUUUUUCUGCAUUGAUUCCAUUCUGUUCCACUGUGACCACUUUCAGCUCUUCUGCUUCGAUGACUUUGAUGAUAGCCAACUACAGAAGACAAAUACAGCUGUUGUGGUAGAAGUGUGUAUCAUAAUUGGAGAAAACAUUACACCUCAUUUGCAGCUGAGGCACAGCUAAGUGGUCUGUAAUAAAUGGGUGUUCAGACAGAA